GUGGUCAAAAGUGCAUUCAUAUCUUCAUAAUUGCUUAACUAUUGAGUAAUUUAUUGGCCUAAUUUAAUCUAACUAUAUCAUAUUCUUGCUUUAUUAGGUCUGGGACUUGGAUGAUGGAAUUGGACAAUUAAAGGCCUAAAGGAGUUGCUGUGCUUGGACUUGGAUGUGGACAAGUUGACUUUAUCGGUCAAGUGCUUUGUAUAAUUAUCUUUUGGGAGGAGAUAAGUGUUCCCACGUGCCUAGCUCUCCAUUCUUUCUUCUACAUAUUGGAAGGCACCUUCCCUUGCCUUGCCGCAGCCCAAUAUCACCAAAUACCCAGAAUCAAUAAACCUUAAUUAAGGGGGAGUGAAGGAAAUUGAAUAAGUAUGAAGAGCCCAAUCUCCGUGAAAUUAGAGAACCAAGAUCGACAUCAUAUCAAGAUGGAAGGAGAUCUCCCAAUUAAACCAGAUUCUGAGAAGAAGUGGAAAGCAAUUAAACUUCAUCAAAUGGCUCCUAGUAUUUUGGGGAUUGGAUUCUUCUUCAGAUUUUCUUGGGGGCAAAAGUGAAAGGUUAUAAAGAGAGUUUAUUCAUCAUUCUGUGUUUUUCUCACUGCUCUCGGUGGAAACGACACUCGUACUUCUGAGUCUAUACUACUACGCGACUCCUGCACUUGGGAUUAGCAAGCAAUUUUUUUGGCGCCGGUCGCCGGGGAGCGUUUGACGAAGCACACGGAAUAUUUCGACAUUUGGUACAUUCGUUCCAUUUUCUUUUUUUUCAUUUUGUUAGUGUUAGUUAGUUUAGUUUGUUUUCAUUCUUAUGCGUUAUAGAGAUCAAUUAGGUAGAUUUGCUAAAAAGCCUGAGUGUGAAACUUUGUUUGGCAAUUUGUUUGAGUCUUCGAGUUCGUCUGCAUCAUCUGUAAACAUGGAAGACGACGACAAUAAUAAUGUAAACAAUGACCAAAACAAUGUUUUGAAUAAUGUGCUCAACAAUAAUCUGCUUCCCCCACCUCCUCCACCUAGGACUUUGCAGACUUACUUGCAUCCUGCACGUAAUGCUCAGCCUUCUUGCAUCAUGUUACCACCUAACAUGCCCAACAUUGAUUUUAGACCUGGCAUUGUUCAACUUCUUCCUGCAUUUCAUGGUUUGGAAAAUGAAAAUCCAUAUGUGCAUGUUAGGGCAUUCGAGGAAGCAGUUACUGCAUUUUAUGAUCAAGUUGCAGCCGUUGAUUUUGUCAAACUAAAAUUCUUUCCAUUUUCGUUGCGGGACAAGGCAAAAGCUUGGUUGUAUUCUUUGGGGGCUAGAUCUAUAGGUUCUUGGGCUGAAAUGACUGAAGCAUUUUUCAAUGAGUAUUUUCCUAAUCAUAAGACAAUGGCUUUAAAGAGAAAGAUCGCUAAUUUUGCUCAAAAUGAAAAUGAGUCAUUGUAUCAAACUUGGAAAAGAUUUAAGGAACUCUUGAGCUUAUGCCCACAUCAUGGUUUUGAAACUUGGCGGUUGGCCAGUUGCUUUUAUGAGGGACUUCUCCCUCGUGAUCGUCAAUUUAUUGAGUCUAUGUGCAAUGGAAAUUUCCUGAAAAAAGAUCCUGAUGAAGCCAUAGAGUUUUUAGAUGAGAUUGCUAAGAAGGCUCACCAAUGGAGUGACUCUUCUACUUUUGAGAGCACAGAUCGCUCUAAGCCCUCCACACCUUCUGUGAGUAAAGGAAUUUUUCAAUUAAAAGAAGAAGACCACUGGAAGAUGAAAUAUGAGACCUUACUUGCUGGUUUGAAUAAAUCUCACGUGCCUCAAACGGUUAAUUGUAAUCAAGUUUGUGAUUAUUGUUAUGAGAUUGGUCACUUUGGUCAAAAUUGUCCUUCUUUGCAGGUGAUGAAUGAGCCACAAGUGGCUGCAUUGGGAAAUUUUCAGCGACAAUAUUCACCUUAUUCGGAGACUUACAACCCAACAACAAAGAAUCAUCCCAACUUUCGUUGGCGGAAUGAGUCUCACCCUCAGGUAAGUGUCCCUAACCCUCAAUUUUCAGCACCUAAUACAUUUAAUUCUAAGCCAUCUCUGGGAGACACUCUUCAGACAUUCAUGCAAGAGCAGCAAAAACAAAGUCAAAGGUAUGAUGCCAUGUUCACUAAAUAUGAUUCUAUGUUUGGUCAGAUAGUUGAAGAGAAUAAGGAAAUUAAGAAUCAGAUUUCUAAAUUAACCAAUUCUCUUGCUUUUAAUGAAAAAGGGAGGUUUCCUUCUAAUACUGAGCCAAAUCCCAAACGUAUCAAUUCGGUUGAAAUAGUUGAGCAUGCUGAUUCUAUUACUCUUAGGAAUGGAAGAACAAUUGAAAAUGCACCUCCUGUUAAAGAGGUAGAGAAACCUAAGAGUAAAAAUGAAUUUGAUGAGUCUAAAGAGAAUGAAAUUGUUGAAAAUCAUUCUGUGCCUGCACCAUUUCCCAAAGCUUUACUUCCUUCAAAGAAAGUGAAUCAGAAUUCUGAAAUUUUUGAUCUUUUUAGGCAAGUAAAAAUAAACAUUCCCUUGUUAGAUGCAAUUAAGCAGGUGCCAUCUUAUGCAAAAUUUUUGAAAGACUUGUGCACUGUGAAAAGGAAGCAUAAUGUGAAGAAAACUGCAUUUUUAGCUGCUCAUGUUAGUUCAGUACUUCAAAGUAAAAUUCCUCCAAAAUACAAAGAUCCCGGUAGUCCUACUCUUUCUUGUGUCAUUGGAGAACAUUUUAUUGAUCGUGCUUUACUUGAUUUGGGUGCUAGUGUAAACUUACUUCCUUAUUCAGUGUACCUGCAGCUAGGUCUCGGUGAGCUUAAGCCUACAAAGCUUAAAUUGCAGCUGGCUGAUCGUUCUGUAAAAAUUCCAAGGGGAAUGAUUGAGGAUGUGUUGGUCCAAGUGGACAAAUUUUAUUAUCCUGUUGAUUUCUUUGUUUUGGACACAGAACCUGUUUCACACACUGAAAAUCAAAUCCCUGUUAUUUUAGGACGUCCAUUCUUAGCUACAUGUGAUGCUAACAUUAGUUGCAGGAGUGGAGUGAUGAAAUUGAGUUUUGGAAAUAUGACAAUGGAAGUUAAUAUUUUUAAUGUGUUUAGGCAGCCAUAUGGAGAUGAGGAAUGUGAAUUUGUUGAUUUUAUUGGAACUCUAAUGCAUGAACAAUUUGUGAAGAGCAGCGUUGUAGAUGUGUUAGAAAAUUUCCUCAUGAAUUCAAAUGAUUCUAAUGUUGCUGAAAUUGCUGAAAUAAGUUCAUAUUUUGGUUCUUUUCAGGUCCAAGGAGUGAAUGGAUGGACGCCUAAGUUUGAGAAGCUUCCACCGCGAGUUGAGAGCAAACCAUCAAGUGUAGAGGUGCCAAAACUGGAACUGAAACCUCUGCCAGCAGGCCUAAAACAUGCAUUCUUGGGUCCAAACGACACUUUUCCUGUGGUAAUAUCCUCUUUACUUACUGUUGAACAGGAAGGUAUGUUGUUAAAUGUCUUGAAGGCCCAUAAAUCUGCUAUGGGUUGGUCUAUUGCUGAUAUUAAGGGAAUUAGCCCUCUUGUUUGCACACAUAAGAUUUUCUUAGAAGAGGAUGCUAAACCAUCUAGGGAGCCACAACGUAGACUAAACCCAAACAUGAAAGAAGUUGUAAAAACUGAGGUCUUGAAAUUGUGGGAUGCGGGUAUUAUUUAUCCAAUUUCCGACAGUAAAUGGGUUAGUCCUACACAGGUUGUACCUAAGAAAUCUGGAAUAACAGUGAUCAAGAAUGAUAAAAAUGAAUUGGUUCCUACUAGGGUUGUUUCUAGUUGGCGCAUGUGCAUAGACUAUAGGAAACUUAAUUCCGCAACUAGGAAAGAUCAUUUUCCCUUACCUUUCAUUGAUCAAAUUUUAGAAAGGGUUGCAGGCCAUGAGUUUUAUUGUUUUCUAGAUGGUUACUCAGGUUAUUAUCAAAUUGAAAUUGCCAUUGAAGAUCAAGAAAAAACUACUUUUACAUGUCCAUUUGGUACGUUUGCUUUUCGUAGAAUGCCAUUUGGUUUGUGUAAUGCUCCUGCCACAUUUCAAAGAUGCAUGAUUAGUAUUUUCAGUGACAUGGUAGAGCAAUUUCUUGAAGUUUUCAUGGAUGACAUAUCUGUUUUUGGUGAUUCAUUUGAUGAAUGUUUGUCUAAUCUAGAAAGAGUGUUGAUAAGAUGUGAAGAGAAAAAUCUUGUUCUGAACUGGGAAAAGUGUAAUUUCAUGGUCCCUUCUGGAAUUGUUCUUGGUCACAUUGUUUCGUCUAAGGGAAUUGAAGUAGACAAGUCUAAGAUUGAACUGAUUGCUAAAUUACCUGUUCCAAAGAGCAUAAAAGAUGUUAGAUCAUUUUUAGGACAUGCUGGUUUUUAUAGGAGAUUUAUAAAGGAUUUCAGUGCCAUAUCUAGACCUUUGUGUAAUCUCUUGUCUAAAGACACUCCAUUUGUUUGGACUGAUGCUUGUCAGGUUGCUUUUGAAAGAUUAAUUGCAUUACUCACUUCUGCUCCUAUUAUGCAAUCACCUGAUUGGAAUUUGCCUUUUGAAAUUAUGUGUGAUGCUAGUGACUUUGCAAUAGGGGCUGUUUUGGGGCAAAGAAAAGAUAAGAAACCAUAUGUCAUUUACUAUGCAAGUAGAACUUUGAAUAGUGCUCAAAUGAAUUACUCAACAACUGAAAAAGAGCUCCUUGCGGUAGUAUUUGCAUUAGAUAAAUUUCGUGCUUACCUUGUUGGAUCGCCUAUUGUUGUUUUCACUGACCACGCAGCUUUAAAAUACCUCCUCACUAAGAAGGAUGCUAAGGCUCGACUUAUUAGGUGGAUCCUCCUACUCCAAGAGUUUGACAUCACUAUCAAAGACAAAAAGGGAGUCGAGAAUGUGGUGGCAGACCAUUUAUCUAGAUUGGUUUUUGAUGAAAAUCCUGACUUGCAGCCUAUUAAUGAUUCUUUUCCUGAUGAGCAGCUUUUUGUUAUUUCGGAAUUACCUUGGUAUGCUAACAUUGUUAAUUAUCUUGUCACAGGUAAAAUCCCUCCGGAUUGGAAUGCACAAGAUAGGAAAAAGUUCCUGGUGGAGGUACGCAGUUUCUUUUGGGAUGAUCCUUAUUUAUUUAAAUAUUGUGCAGACCAAAUUUAUAGGAGAUGUGUACCUGAGAAUGAAAUGCAUGAUGUGAUUUCUUUUUGCCAUAAUGAAGCAUGUGGUGGCCAUUUUUCUGUUAAAAAAACAGCUGCUAAAAUUUUGCAAUGUGGAUUUUAUUGGCCAACUCUGUUUAAGGACACCAAUGCAUAUUGUCGAACAUGUGAGCGUUGUCAAAAGUUAGGAGCGAUAACUCGUAGAAAUAUGAUGCCUCUGAAUCCCAUUUUAGUCAUUGAAAUAUUUGAUUGUUGGGGCAUUGAUUUUAUGGGCCCGUUUCCUUCAUCUUUUGGAUAUCUAUAUAUCUUGGUAGGCAUUGAUUAUGUAUCUAAAUGGAUUGAGGCUGUUCCUUGUCGGAAAAAUGACCAUAAAACUGUUUUGAAAUUUUUGAAAGAAAAUAUUUUCUCUAGACAUGGAACACCUAGGGCUAUUAUUAGUGAUGGGGGUAAGCAUUUUUGCAAUAAGCCUUUCGAGGCCUUGAUGAAGAAAUAUGGAGUUACUCAUAAAGUGGCCACCCCUUAUCACCCACAAACAAGUGGUCAGGUUGAACUUGCCAAUAGGGAAAUAAAACAAAUUUUGGAAAAAACAGUGAACCCAAACCGUAAGGAUUGGUCUUUACGACUAAUUGAUGCACUUUGGGCUUACCGUACAGCUUAUAAAACCCCAAUUGGUAUGUCCCCCUAUAGAUUAAUCUAUGGAAAAGCUUGUCACUUACCUGUAGAAUUGGAACACAGAGCUUAUUGGGCGAUCAAGACAUUUAAUUUUGGUCUGAAUGAUGCAAGUUCUCUUAGGAAACUUCAGUUGAAUGAAUUGGAAGAAAUUCGGAAUGAAGCAUAUGAAAAUUCUAGGAUUUACAAGGAACGAAUGAAAGUUUUCCAUGAUAAGAAAAUUUUGAGAAAAACUUUUGAACCUGGUCAAAAAGUUCUUUUGUAUAAUUCUAGAUUGCAUUUGUUUCCUGGUAAGCUUCGCUCUAGGUGGACAGGUCCGUUCGUGGUUACAAGAGUUUUUCCAUUUGGUGCUAUUGAAAUUGAGGACCCAAAGAAUGGUAAUGUGUUUAAAGUUAAUGGGCAGCGUUUGAAACCAUUUUUGGAGAAUAUUGUUCUAGAGGAUGAAACCAUCUCUCUAGAAAAUCCUAUCUAUGCAGAUUGAUCUGUUGGACUCUUAGUCCCUUUGUUGUAAAGUGUAAAAUUGUUUUCAGUUUUGUUUGUUUUUCUUUUCUUGUUCGGUCACUAACAAGUUGCAGAGUAUUGCUUGGGAACAUCUCUUCUUUCAGGUGCACUCUUUCCUACUCACUCUUUACUUUUAAUGACUUGUCUGUUAUCUUUUGCUAUUGAUCAUCCCAUUGAGGACAAUGUUUCUUUGAAGUUGGGGGGAGUAGCAACUUGUCAGUUUUGUCUUAGUGCAUUUAUGUUUACUGUGUAUUUCAAUUUUGGUACUGUUCAUCGUCGUCACUGUUCACAUAGUGUUAAAAAAAAAAAAAAAAAUUAUUAGUUUGUGUCAUAUUUCCUUUGAGGUUGCCUACUUCCCAAUACGAUGAUGAGACAUUAGUGAUACUUCCUGUAUGGCAUGAAGAAAUACUUGAGAUUUUGGUGGUUAAUUUGAGAUAUGAGCGUUAGCUUUGCAUGUUGUCCUUUUGCAAGAUAAUCUUCAUGACAUUUGGGGUUGUUUCAGCCAUGUUAGUAUUGUUCAAGGUUUUGGAAUUUACAUGGACUGGAAAGUCAUAAAAUAAGUGGAGACUUAUAACCCAAAGUGAGAUUUGAGCUAUUCUUUUAUUGUUGAGGGUUAUAUAUGAAAUCUUAUUUUCCUUCUGUGCUAAAUACAUUUUUGAUGAUCUCAUUAUUCUUCUAUUUUGAUCAACCACCGAGGAUUCAUUGCCUUGGAUUAUUACACUAGAACUUCCUUUAAUGUCUCUCGAAGCGUAAAAGUUGACCACAUGAUGACUGGGAAGGGAUUAAGGCACUUAGGAUUACCUCCAUUGCCAUAUAUGCCUGUGUCCUAUACAAUCAUCCCCUAGAUAACCAUUUUGAGCCUUAAAAUAAGCCUUUUUCAUUCUUAACCAUAUUCUCCUACCAUGCUCCAAUAUUGGAGUUGAGCCACAUAUACAUAUCCAUCCCCUUAUUUUCUGAGAAAUUAUUAGAGAUGGUUUGUAUUCACAGAAAUGUUCUCCUUUUGAUUAUUGCUGUACUAUUGUUGGAGAAAUGGUUAGGAAAGUUAAAAAAAAAAAAAAAAAAAAAAAAAAUGAAUGAGUGAAGGGUGAAAUUUUGUGCUUUUGGAAUCUGCAAAUAUGUGUGCGCAGUCUUACUAUAUGUAUGCAGAUUUAGUGAAUGAAGGGAGUGAAAAAAAAUGUGCAGCAGAAAAAAAAAAAAAAAAAAAAAAAAGCUGCUAGUAAAAAAAAAAAAAAAAAAAUAUUCGAAACAGAAAGAGAAGAUGAGUAAGCACGGUUCGUUGCAGAUUAUUUAGAUGCAGACUCAUAGAAAGCAAGAUUGUCUAGUGUAUAAUUUGAAGGCCUCUAAUAGUUUCUCAGGAAUUCUUUGAAUAUCCUAUCCGUUCUUUGUUUAGCCAUGUCCCUAGCCCCAUUACAACCCUAUAUAAGACCUCUAUGAUCUUGGGAGUUGUGUGGUACAAUUGUGGAGAAUAGAUAGAGAGGGAACUAUGGGGUGUAGUCCGAUAUUCUCAAUGGUGGUUGGUAUCUUUUCAUGAGAUCUAUUUUAUUUUACCAGAAAAAGCUAUUUUUCAUGACUAUAUGUGAGACUCUUUGCAUCCAUGUACAUCAAUUCUUCUCACAUAUGCAUUGAGAGAAACACCUAACCAACUUCUGAGCGAUUUUAUUCUGAGUGAUAUAUCCUAUGUGAGAGUUGAAGUUGAGGCUUGCUUAUGAUGAUUUGGUUUGUGUCGAAACUGGGAUCUGGAAUGGUACUGAUUGUGGCUGGGCAGUUUUGGGUGUUUAUGAGUUGAGUCUGGCACUUGGACAACGUGUGGAGCUCUUGCUCAGUCUUCUUUUAGCUCUCUGAAAUUAUGUUAGUGGAUGAUUUGAUUCUGUGUUGACAUAUUUUUGUUUGGUAUCUCUGAGUUUAAUGAUGGGAAGUAGUAAUCUCUUGGAAUUGAUGUUUGUGGGUAUCAUCCCUGGAAAACCCUCACGAGACUAUAACUCGUCUGCUAAGGAAUUCUUAGUGGAAUUAAAGGCUUGUUGCAUAUGCUAAAUGCAAUCGUGAUCCCUACGAAAGUGGCUUAGGUAAUUUGUUUUUUUUUAGCAUUCUUUGAGUUGGAGAGUCGUUUCGAGUCGCUGUUAAUUGCUAGAGACUAGCAAUAAGCUAGUUGGGGGGUGUGAUAAGUGGUCAAAAGUGCAUUCAUAUCUUCAUAAUUGCUUAACUAUUGAGUAAUUUAUUGGCCUAAUUUAAUCUAACUAUAUCAUAUUCUUGCUUUAUUAGGUCUGGGACUUGGAUGAUGGAAUUGGACAAUUAAAGGCCUAAAGGAGUUGCUGUGCUUGGACUUGGAUGUGGACAAGUUGACUUUAUCGGUCAAGUGCUUUGUAUAAUUAUCUUUUGGGAGGAGAUAAGUGUUCCCACGUGCCUAGCUCUCCAUUCUUUCUUCUACAUAUUGGAAGGCACCUUCCCUUGCCUUGCCGCAGCCCAAUAUCACCAAAUACCCAGAAUCAAUAAACCUUAAUUAAGGGGGAGUGAAGGAAAUUGAAUAAGUAUGAAGAGCCCAAUCUCCGUGAAAUUAGAGAACCAAGAUCGACAUCAUAUCAAGAUGGAAGGAGAUCUCCCAAUUAAACCAGAUUCUGAGAAGAAGUGGAAAGCAAUUAAACUUCAUCAAAUGGCUCCUAGUAUUUUGGGGAUUGGAUUCUUCUUCAGAUUUUCUUGGGGGCAAAAGUGAAAGGUUAUAAAGAGAGGUUGGAGCAGAUUUCUCUUCUCUCUUCUUUUCCUUCAACCACAGUUCAUCCUCUGCGUUGUACUCUUCCAAACUCAUGGAUCAUUUUGUUGCUUUCAUUUUUCUUAUGGAGAACUAAUCUCCUAGCUAAGGCUAGGGGAGAAACCUUGGAUUUCCUAUGUAGUUUUUAUUAGUUCGAUUCGACAAGAACUUCAAUGCAAAUUCAGUUUUUGGAUGUUCAAUUUUAA